UACUGAUAAUAUCCUAUCCAUUCUUUUCGUCAUUUAGCUCUAGACCAACUCGCAGGCGACUAAAUCACCUCGGUUUAGUGUACAACGCGUUAUUUUGUAGUGUUUUUACCCAAAAAAAGUUUAAACGAAUUUAUCCAUUUCAUCGAAGUGAUUUGAAAUCGCCGAUUUGACCGGAAAAGGAAAAUUGUUUUAAUAAAUUCGCUUUCACUGAAUAUAAGAGGUUAAUAAUUUAUAAUAAAUCUAUUGUCUGCGAGAUAUGUUUCCAGUUUUUUAGCAGCGAUUUUAAGAGCUUCAAAAAGGAAUUCUACAGAACUCUUGGGAUCACCCCGCAUGGCAGUUCAUCAUCUUUACCCGCCUAGUAGCCAUCCGGCUGCGUCGUUAGCCCGCAUGAUAGACCAAACCGACACAAUCUCGCGCCUUGCUUCUUCGCGUAGGCAAUUUAGCAGAGAUCUGCAAGAAUGGCCGAGAAAAAAUUGGACACUAUUGCAUCCACUGCCCGUACCGCAGGCAGUGGAACAGACUCUUUACCAGUGAACGCGAGUGUUAGUGCCGCCGUUGAAUCAACGACCACGAGCCACAAUAACAACAAUCACAUCAAUCAUAUUAUUACAAACGGUUCCCCGUAUAAGCAACCCCUUAAGUUGCAGUUCACCAAUUUAUACCCGAAUGAUAAAGAAGUUGAUGCACUUCUUCCUUCAUCGUUAAAAGUAUCCACUGUGUCGCCCGAUGGAGAGAAAUCGUCUCUUCACGUUCAAUUUGAUCAUGUUGAUGAUGAGGAUGAGUCCAUAAAAGAGCAACCUAGUCCAUCGUCUAUUGAUAGUGAUAGUUCUUCGUCGAGUAGCUCUUCAAGUAGUGAAAAAUCAAUUGAAAUCUCCGAAGCACGUCCACCCGAUGGUGGGUGGGGUUGGGUAGUUGUAGCAGCGUCGUUCGUUGUUAAUUUAAUAGCUGAUGGGAUAACGUUUAGUUUUGGAGUUAUUUUCGUUGAAUUUCUCGAGUAUUUCGGUGAAAAUCGUGCAAAGACUUCAUGGAUAGGCAGUUUAUUUAUGGCUAUGCCUUUAUUGUCCGGCCCAAUAGCUUCAUUUCUAACAGAUCGAUACGGUUGUAGAGCUGUAACAAUGGCCGGCUCCGUUUUGGCAGCCGCAGGAUUCGUGAUUAGCUCAAUGUCGAAUAGCAUGGAAGUAUUGAUUAUUACUUUUGGUGUCUUCGCCGGAUUUGGGCUAAGUUUAUGUUAUGUGGCGUCCGUUGUAAUAGUAGCUUAUUAUUUCGAUAAGAAGAGAUCUUUCGCAACUGGUUUAUCGGUUUGCGGAAGUGGGAUUGGCACAUUUAUUUUUGCACCGUUAAUACAAUUACUUUUGGAUCAUUAUGGUUGGAGAGGUACCACAUUGAUUUUGGCCGGUUUAUUCUUAAAUUUAGCUGUUUGUGGCGCUUUGAUGCGGGAUCUUCCGUGGACUCCGAGCAGUUUAAAAUCGAAAGAACGAAAGAAAAAUAAAAUAUUAAAAAAGAAAAAGAGUCAAUCAUCAGCGGAUACUUUCUCUGUAAGCAAUAGCACGAACACCGCGAGUGUUUUACAACCCAUUUUAGAAGCGAAUGAAAAUCCUCAUCAUGAAGACGAAGACGAACUUCAUGGUCACGAUCGCUUAUCAAGCUCUUUAGUUAAUCUCCCAACGUAUGUUAAAAACGGGGAGAAAGUCCCUGUUGAAGUUUUAGAACUGCUAUCGAAAAACCCCAACGUUUACAACGUACUAAUGCAUAACUACCCUAAUUUAUUAACCCAAUCGAGAAGUUUCAGCGAUUCCGGUCGAUUAAACGAAGCUCACCUUCUCCAACAGAAACACUCUGUGCCUUCUCCUCUAUCUGUUAACCCACCACCGAUACAAAAUCAAUCGUCCGAUGCCGCCCUUUUAUGGUGGUUAAAACGUAGCGAUAUUUCACCUCCUCGAAUGAUUCACGCCAAAAAAACGGUCCAACCGGCUUAUUUAAAAGAUUUACGAGUACACCGACUCUCUUUAACCUAUCGCGGAGCCAUGUUGAACAUCAAUCGGUAUCGAUUAAGAGCUUCUUCUUGUCCGGAUAUUUACCGGAAUUCAAUGACCACCAUUGCGAAAGAAAAACACGACUUCUUCGGCGGCUUUCGGGAUUUAAAGAAGAUUUUAGUUGAUAUGUUUGACUUUUCACAUUUCGCCGAUCCAAAAUUUUUAAUAUUUGCCAUUUCGAAUUUUUUGUUAUACACUUGGUACGAUGUACCCUACGUGUAUCUAUCUGAUUACGCCAAUACCAUUGAGUUACCCAAAGAAGUCGGAUCGUUUUUGAUUAGUAAUAUAGGAAUUAUUAAUAUGAUUGGAGAGAUAAUGCUGGGUUGGGCUGGUGAUCGUCCGGAAUUUGACGCGGGGAUUAUUUAUGCUGUUUGUAUGGGAUUUUGUGGUGCGGCAACGGCGUUUAUACCGAUUUUAAGAUCGUACAGUGCACUUUUAGUAGCAACCGGAGCCUUUGGUCUGUUUAUCGCUGCCAAUUACUCUUUAACAUGUAUUAUCUUGGUCGAUUUGCUGUCCCUUGAUAAAUUUACGAAUGCCUAUGGGUUACUCUUGUUAGUACAAGGUAUCGCCAAUUUAAUUGGACCACCAAUAGCAGGUUGGAUUUUUGAUAUAACAGGAAAAUACGAUUUAUCUUUCUACCUAUCUGGGUUUUUCAUUGGCUUAUCUGGUCUCUUACUAUUUAUAUUACCAGCUACGAAAAGAUAUCGACGAUUUCAAACGUUACACAGGCAAGCUUCAGAAUGUACAAUGAACGGCGAAUUAGAUCCUAAAGAACCCAGAUUUUACAACAUCUUAACCUCCUGCAUCACAGGGCAGGUCAACGAGAAAAGAAAAAAGAAUAUAACCGAGGAACAGCAUGUCUAAUCAAUUUAUAAAUGUUUUCGAAUUAAAAAAAAAUAUUUAUUAAAACCAAUUUUAGCCCCUUGAUACAUUUUACUUUAAUAGUAACUAGAUUAGAAAUGCGGGGCAACUUUUCGUUUGAAAGUUUGAUGUUUGUAGAUUAAUUAAUUAAUCUUGUAAAAAAAAAAAUUAUAAUAAUAAUAAAGUCUUGAAGUACCUUCAUUAGUACUUCUAUUAGAGGAUUAGCGUCUCUCAGGAUUGAAACCUGAAAAGUAAAAUAAAAGUUGUAAUAAUUCUAAAUUUGCUGUUACAAAAAAUUAUAUUAAAAUAAAACGCUCCGGAGUGUUUUUUCACAGUUGAUAUUUAGUAAGCUCUCCUUUUUACGAUUGAUAAUUAAUCGUUUAGAUCUCAUUCAACGAGUUCAUGAACAAAGAUGAUUUGGAUCUAACAAAUUAAGCAGUAUUUUUAUUUUCAAAUUAGAAUUAAAUGAUUUUUUUUUGUUCAAGUAGAAAGGCUGUGUCAGUAUUUCAAUCCUAUUAAAAUGUAACAAAUUAAUCCACAUCCAAGUAUUUUUUUAGCCACAUCCUCUUUUUUUAAACAAUUAAUUUUUUUUAAUCCACAAAGCGUAUCUGUGAUUAUAGUUUUACAAUUACAAAAACAAUUCAUUUCAUUUUUAUUAGUCACAGGAAACGUUUUAUUUGAUAAUAUCCUCGUUUAUUAGAACAAUGUUAAAGAAUAAAAACUUGUUUAAAGGA